AUGGCCCCAACUACCAUGAAAGCAGUGAAUUAUGUGGGACCGCAUAAGGUCCGGGUCCAAGAAGUUGAGAUGCCCAAGCUGGAACAUCCGGACGACAUCAUUGUCAAGGUCACAACGGCUGCUAUCUGCGGCUCUGACCUGCACAUGUAUGAAGGAAGAACCGCUGCAGAGCCAGGCAUCACGUUUGGUCACGAAAACAUGGGAAUUGUCGAAGAACUAGGCGAAGGUGUCACACUGUUGAAGAAGGGUGAUCGCGUUGUCAUGCCGUUCAAUGUUGCGGAUGGUCGAUGCCGCAACUGUGAUGAAGGCAAAACGGCUUUCUGCACUGGUGUCAACCCCGGGUUUGCAGGUGGUGCUUAUGGUUACGUGGCUAUGGGCCCGUAUCGCGGAGGCCAGGCUCAGUACAUUCGUGUUCCCUAUGCGGACUUCAACGCUCUGUUGCUGCCGCCGGGCACAGAGCACGAAGCCGACUUUGUUCUUCUCGCAGAUAUCUUCCCGACAGGUUGGCAUGGUGUCGAGAUAUCCGGCUUCAAGUCAGGAGAAAGCAUUGCUGUGUUCGGCGCCGGUCCCGUUGGCUUGAUGGCAGCUUAUUCGGCUCAGUUGCGCGGAGCCUCUCGCGUGUUCGUUGUAGACCGUGUUCCUGAGAGACUGGCUGUUGCAGAGAAAAUCGGCUGCACCCCAAUUGAUUUCACCAAGGGCGACGCCGUGGACCAGAUCAUUCGCCUCAAUGGCGGAGAGGUCGACCGCUCCGUGGACGCUGUCGGUUACCAGGCUGUAGACACCAGCGGAUCGAAGGAGAAGCCCAACAUUGUGCUGGAGAAUAUGAUCCGCGUCACGAGGGCCUGCGGAGGCAUGGGAAUUCCUGGCCUCUACGUGCCAAGUGAUCCGGGUGCAUCCGAUGAAGUCGCCGCGAAGGGCGCAAUUAGUCUUAGCUUUGGGAAGCUUUUCGAGAAGGAAAGUGCUUUGCCACUGACAUCGGCUGGUCUCUCUCUUGCUACCGGCCAAUGCAAUGUAAAAGCAUAUAAUCGGUACCUACGAGACUUGAUCAUUGCCGGCAAGGCAAAGCCUAGCUUUGUCGUCUCCCAUGAGAUCAGACUGGAUCAUGCGGAAGUUGCGUACGAGAAGUUCGACAAAAGAGAAGACGGGUAUACCAAGGUGCUGAUCCAUCCAAACGGGGGAUUUGAAUCCACGACAGUCGGACAGGUCAGUUAA